GUGCUUCCGAUAGUGUUUGUGAUUGACGAAUGAAAGACGCGGGUAAAAGCCCUGGUGAAUAACCAGUUAAAACGGCUAGUUGCUUUCUUUACUAAUAAUAUAAGGCCAAAUGUCAUAAUUUGUGAAUAAUAUGCCAAUUUAAUGUAACACACUUUGAUAAUAUUAUUUUAUAAAUACGAAAUAAUAAGAUGAUAAAUGUAAUCAUUACAUUUUAUUUGGAAUAUAAAGGUAUAAUAUAUACCUUUUGGUAAUAUUUAUUUUUAUAAUGCUCUACUAUGGGUGCACGAUAAACAAAAAAGCCUCUGUCUGGAUUUCUAAUGUAACUUAGCAACUUGAGGGUUGGGCAAAGAACUCUGAAACAGAUUUGUUUUGACAACAGACGCUUCUACAGCAAACAUGGACAAUAACUAAAUUUCUACUAACUACUAACCUUUCUACUAAGUAUUUUUAAAAUGGCAGACCCAGUGGUUGACCAAAUGACAAGGCUCAGAUUGAAAAUGUUGGAAAAGAGACUGGAGAAUGAGAGAAAUGACAACAUUGAACGAGAAGGUUCAGCGUUUUCCACAAGAAGUUAUGAUGGGCAGGCAGAUGCAUUACACAGUGCUCUGAGACGGAAGAGAAACCUCCUACAGAGACUGAAGGAACAGCAUAUGAAGGAGGAUCUGGGAAGGCCUCACACAUGGGGUGGAUCUCAUAGGCAAUAUCAACCUCUUCUUGGACCACUCCAGCCUGUGCCUCCUAUACAUAUCCACCAAACUGCACCACCUGCUCCUCUUCCUCCUCUUGCCCCUCAGCCCCCUCAAAUCAUUCAACACACCGUUCCUCAACAGCCAGCCACCAUUAUCCAGCAGUUACCACAGCAACAGCCUCUCAUAGCACAAUUCCCACUUCCACAAACCUUUCCCUACAGAUCAGGAAGUAUUAAAGAAGACAUGGUGGAGUUGAUGCUAAUGCAGAAUGCACAGAUGCACCAGAUCAUCAUGCACAAUAUGAUGCUGAAGGCUCUUCCGCCAAUGGCCAUGUACCCGGGAGGAAGCAACAGUCAAAUCACACCUCUAGUGUCACAUUCAGGGCAGGACCUUCAACAUUCAACAAUGAGAGGAGGGGUUGUCCAUCAUCACCAUCACUAUGGCUCUCAUGUACCACCUCUUCCUCCAAUUGGCUACUCUUUUUGGCCCUCUUUGAUGCCAGCAGGACAAGCCGGGAACCAUCAGCCAUCAGUGCAGCCAAUGAUUGGUCCUGUAAAUCUACCUCCCUUAAACACAAAAACUUCCAAGGGCAGACAGAUCCCUCUUCAUCUUCAAAGACAGAUGAUACAUUGAAAUGGAUAUCUGACAUUAGUUUACAAUGUAUGUUUCAAUACAGUUACAUCAUUGUUAUUUAUAGGGAUUUGUUGUGAUUUUAAUGUUGUUGUAUUGACCGAAGGAUUAAAUAAUAUAAUAUUAAAUAUCAGUGAUAUUUAAAAAAUGAGUACUCAGUUUAAUAAAAAAAAAUGUUUUAAAGUCACGUGUGUAGUUGUCGAAGCUGUUUUGCCAUACAACAGACCCUUUUAAAAUUUACUUUUCAUGUCUUUGCAGUGUAGUGACUUGUCAUGCUUUAUUUAA